GCGCGGCUUAAACGGAAAGGCGAAAGUGAAACAACAAAAAUUAAACGCGCACCGCGCCCGAUGUUUCGCGUGCCUCGCUUGUGCGGUUGCCAGCGGCAACAGACAAUAACAUUUCUCAAGCAAAAAUGUGACCGCGGCGGCUGUUACUUCUUCGCUGUCACUUCGCCAGUCCUUCGGUGCACUGCGUAAGCAUACGGCGUGCCUGGUUUCCCGCACGAUGUCCACUCGUCGCCGUCGUCGCCUCGUCCUCGCGUGCCCAAACGACUUCAAGUGGCCGUAAUCGAGCGCGGCGAGGACCGUGUGCUGCCGCUCUUACUUUUCUUUUCUCAGGCUCCCCCUUGAUGCAUACUUCGUGGGAGGUCGCUCGUUGGCGCGAGCCAUGAAGAAGUUCUUCCAGAAGAAAAUACUCAAAUCGUCCUCCGCCAAGAAGCAGAGUACGGCUAGUUUGAGUUCGCAGGAUGGACACACGGACGAAAUUCACGGCUACUCGAUCGACCUCGCGAGGACGGACUCGAGUUUCACGAAGCUCCAUAAGGCAUGCUGGCUGGGCGACGAAGACCGGGCCCGCUCCGCUGCCAAGAAAGUUGACGUCAGUUUUCAGGACAAUGAGAGCAGGAGCCCACUCCACCUGGCAGCAGCAAGGGGUCACGUGACUAUCGUGCAGCUUCUGCUGCGCGCUCAGGCCCGGAUCGAUGCCUUGGACUCUGAAGGGAAGACUCCACUGAUGAAGGCCGUGGAGGGCCAUCAUCUGGAAGCAGCUCGAUGUCUGCUGGAGCAGAGGGCCAAUCCCGAUGUUCCAGACCAAAACCUAGACACAGCACUUCACUUGGCCCUUUCAACGGGACAGGCUGAUAUGGCUGCAUUACUUGUGCAGUUUGAUGCCGAUGUCUCAGCGAGGAACAAGGAAGGUAUGUCACCGUUGUACUUGGCAGCCGUCCAGCAGCACCUAGAUGUGGCCCGUCUCCUCUUAGACCGUGGUGCCCAGGCAAAUGCUGGGGACAACAAGAAAAAGACUCCAUUGAUGGUGGCCUCGGAAGCUGGAUCAGUGGGCCUGGCUCAACUGCUUCUGAGUCGAGGGGCCAACGCAAACGCAGUUAAUGACGAAGGUUGCACUGCACUCGACCUUGCUCGGAGAUCUGGUCAUGACGAAUGUGUCAAGCUGCUCGCUACCAAGACCAGCAGCGCCCACGGUGGUGAAGUUGAGACUGCUGACAUUGAGUCAUGGAAGUCAUCAAGUGACUCCGAAGCCAGCAGGAAAGGCAAAAGAUUACCAUACAACAUUGUCAUUCCUUCACCCUCUCACCUGUCCCCUCAACAUUCUGUCGCCGGCCAUUCACCGAGCCCAAACCAUCUUGGCAUCAAAGAGCACCACAAGCCCUAUAUCUCAUCAGUCGUGGUCAAUUCUAGCACACAGCAGAAGCCAGCAACCAAUGGUGAACUGGCACGUAUCGAAGUCAGUGCCCCAAAAGAUCACAGCCUAGAAACAGUAGGAGAAAAAAUGGAAAAUGUUGUUAGGAUACCUGAAAAGGAAGCAACGCCAAAGAAGACUCCAACCAAACCCCACUUUGAAGAGAACGACAUUCCCAGUUGGAUGGAAGGAGACGUUUCGUUCGAUGACUCGGAGGGAGACGCAAAGGCCACGUCGCUAUACGUGCCCCCAUCGGUUUCACAAAAGCGUAACUCCAAGCCAGAGCCUGAAUUGCACAAGUCCGUGGAGGUCUUACUUGCGUACGAUGGUCAGCAGCUGAGAAAAAAUGCGGGGAAGGAGUCGAGCGAGACACUUGUCAAGGAACUGAUGGAAGAGGCUCCCAAGCCUUUGAAGGCACUGUCCGCUGACAGGUUGUCCGUGCUGUCUGACAGCGACUGGGACUCGACAGAGGAAGUUGAGGAACUUCCUCCAAACAAGGUGAUGGAAGGCACAUUAGGACGUAUGGACACACUUCAUGGAACUGAGGAAAUUUGGGAAAGAAAUCCAAGUGUUCCCGUAAACGCGGACGAGGCUGCAAAGGCAAGCUUUCCAAGUAACUCCCCUCCAACAGCAGCACCACGCAAGUCAUCUACUAGCCCUCAGCGCAAGCCAUCAGUAGAGCAACAUCAACCACGCACGGAUGAUGUUGGUACGCCGCAGAGGCCUCCCCGGUUGAGCAAAAAUCGACUCCGCAGUUCUUGGAGUUCCUCAUCAUCGUCGGCACCGCCAUCAAGGGCAAGUCCGCUGGUCAUUGGUGGUUCCAGGCGACCCAGCCUCCUAAGGGACAGCAACGGUCGGCCAGACAGUGUGUCACCGAGGCCUCCCGAUGACCCAUGCAGCACCAAUGGAGGCUCACAAAUUGUUCGCAAAAGAUCGAACGCCUCAAGUCGGUCGACAAAAAGCUCUGUUGCAGACAGACAGGAAGUGACGACAAGAUACCCGAGCCAGCUACUCCAACAGUCUGACCUAGGAGACCUGGUCACCACACUUCAGAGGGAGGUCAGCUCAACGCGGGCUGAGCUGGAUGAAGAGAUUCAGCAUCGAAAGAAGGCAGAUUUGUUUGCAAGAGAGCUGCAACUGCAGCUCGCUAAGAGAGAGCAAGCCAUUCUGAGAGAUUUUGAGGCCAAGGAUACCAUUGACAGCAAGCUAGCCGAUUUGGAACAAGAACUGAAAAGUGCAAAAGGGCUCAUCAAAGAUCUUCACCGUGAGAUCGAGUUCCUGCAGAAACAGCUGAGCUCAUACAAGGAGUCAGCAGACAUUUACAAAGAUGCAAGCGAGAGGCAAGAGGCAUUGUUUAAGGAAAUUGUCAGCGAAAAGGAGAAACAGUGGUCUGAAGAACGAGAGAAGCUUCUGCUAAAGAUCAAUGAAAAGGAUGUUCAUUUAUUGACUACACAAACAACUACUGAGUUUGCUGCAAUACAAGAAAAGCUUGGGGCUCUGCACGAAGUCCUUGCAUCGCUAAAUCUGAAGGCCGACUCCGCGCACAGCAUUGAGCGUGCCGAGGAAGGAAUCUCCAGGUUGCUCAGCCUGUCCACGUCGGCCUUGAAGGACUUGCAGAAACUCUCUGAGAGCGCAGAGCAGACCUCCCACCUUCUCCACGGCAUCGACAAUAGCCUUCACACGAAGGGAUACGACUUGGGUUCAGACAGGAAUGCAAACAGGUUGUUCGAAGGGGACAACAACCAGCUUAUGACGACUACGUGGACGCAGAAUUUUGGCAGCAUCAAUGACACGCUCGAGCGCCUCGAAACCAACCAGAGGGUGUUGACGGAUACGCUAGAGGAGAUACAAGCUGUGUUGGCGAGCAAAGUGAGCUCCGGCUCUGCGCCUCAAGAAGCACUGAACUCGUUGUAUCUGCCAUCAAAUGGUCACAUCGUCACAGUGCCAUCCGCCGCUGCCGCCCCGGACCUGUCCGACAUCAGAGAAGGCGUCGGGCGUGUGUUGGAUCGGCUCGACUUCUACGCCGAUGAGAUCAAAAAGGCGUCCCAGUCGGAAGUGGCAAAUGCAACCCAAAGAGUCGUUGAGGCGUUCGCGGAGUACCACGCUGCCACAAAGCAGGAAAUGCUGAAUUUGCUGAACAAAGUAGGGUCGUCCCAGCAGAAUGCUCUCGUCGCUUCCAGCACCGGUCAUUCGGUGGUACAGUGCUGCCGGGAUGAUGAAGAAGCCUUUAACGGCUCGGCUUUGUCAGAUGGGUUUGCCGAGAUCAGGCUGAACCAGAGCACGGCGCUUCGGGAGCUGCAGAGCCUGAAGGACGAACUUAUCCAAAUGGACACGAGCGGCAUGUUUGCAAGGCUGGAAUCGUGUCACGAAAAAGGCAUUGAACAGGUCUCGAAAAUUGUGCAGCCAGUUUCGACAGAGCUGAAAUCUAUGCAGGUAACCAUGCAACAGCAACACGAAGACCUGCUCAACCGCAUGGGUGAACCCAGCAAUGUGCCAAGCUCGACCCAGUGGCAGGAGGUGCUGCACCGGCUUGACGGUAUGUUGGAGCAGACGGCUUCCCUGCGAAAGAAAGAUCGGGCCGGUUGCUUGCGGCGCAUCUCGGCAGACCUCGGCGAGAACCUGCCAGACGCUGACAUCACAGCCGUGCUUAACAACCUGGCCACAACACUGACCGACCUCAAGAACGAGGUGUGCAGGCGUGAGAGUCUCCGGAAUGAAGCCACCAGACCUUCUUACACCGCCCAGGUGCAGGAGCAAUCUGCCAACCCCACGAGCCUCACCAAGGAAUGCUUAUUAGGAGAUGCAAAGCUGGCAAAGGAACGAUACAGGAGCAAGAGGGCUCUGCUUAAGUAUAAGUCAGAGCUAAAAGGCAUCAAGGAAAAGCUUAAGAGUCUGAACCAUGCGUUUGAUCGAGAUGGCUUCACGAGUCAUCACCAGAUUGACCGUCAUGUGUCAGAGCUUCAAAGAAAGAUUGACCUUGUGUCUUUGAAGAUUGAAUCUGACCGCCACUACCGAAUGGAUUUGGAAAUUAGUGACCUGAAAACUGAAAUGCAACAGAUCAGGCAGCAGAUGGCUCGAGAAGAGCUCCUCAAGUCAACCCUGGGCUUUACGGCACAACCUGAGAGGCUCGAUCCCGAAGAAACACGUCCAAAACGUUUGGAACACAAUGGACAACAGGACUUUCUAUUUGAAAAGUACAGGAGUGACCUGUCGGCAGAGAUCAGCAAUCUGCAGAGAAACCUCAGCUCAGAGCCGGAUCUCCAUUAUAGCUGGUUGUCAUCAAAAAAGGACGCACCAGAGGAAGUUAAGAAGGUUGAUGUGUCAGCCAACAAGAGCUUUCCCAGGCGGAAGCCGCCAAGCCAAAGCCAGUCCACACCACACCGAGUGCCGCUGUUCCCAGAGCAUCUGCCCAGCUGGCCCAUGAGCCCAGUGAAGAGGGCAGCCCCACCCGUACCGACGCAGAGCGCAGCCACACGGCAGCGCGUUCAAGCCAUGUUGGAUGAAUCUUUUGCAAGGCACAUGACCGCAAGAAACACCUUUGUGACAGCGCCGAGCAUUGAGGCUGAUGGCAUGGAUGCGCAACUGAAAAAGUCGCUGGCUGAGCUGACCAACUCUCUGGAGAAAACCUAUCUGGUUUGACACUGUACAUGGUGCUGUUUGCUAGUCUCGGGGACAUUUUAUUGGAGCACACACUGGGCAUUUUUUGUGUACCACAACAGCCAUAGCCGUAGCCAUAGCAUUCGCAGAGGCCAUAUCUUAAGUGUCACCGCUCAAAGCCACGCAGGCACACGGACACAGUCACCGCUGCACAGAGUUUGUUACCGUUUCAAAUAAUCUCAUUUCGCUGAUCUCCUCCUCUGCAUUUGUUAAUUGUGGUAGCUUGAUGCCAUCCUUUUAUUGUUUGUUUGAGCUUAAGCUAUACACAACCGAAUUUUUUCAUUGCAACAGAAGCAAGAGGUUAUACAUGAAGAAGUACAGUGCAGUCUGGUUAUAACAGUUAAGGGUUAUGAUGAUGGUCUAUCGUCUACAUCACUUACUGAAGGUGCCCAGUUAUAAAAAUGUGGCUCAAUGGUCAGCAUUUCUGAACCUCUCAUCAUCAUUGAUAGUGGACUGCAUUGUAAUGUAUUUUGAAGACAGAUCUGUGCUCUUUUCAGAUGCUUAGCUGGAAUGAGCCAUUUACUCGUAAUGUAGGACCCUUAAAGGAGCAGAGACAGCUUGUUUUAUUUUUAUUUCUAUCAUUUCUUUUUACUAUAUUUUUUCCUUUGACUGAAAACCAAGCAUGUGGUGCAACUUCUCUCAGGAGUUGAAUUGCCUAAUUGGAAAGGUGCUGGAAGCCGCUGCACAGGUUAUGUGCAUUUGGAGAUUUGUCAUGUGCUACUAUAGCUACAAAUACACAUUAGACGUAUGCAUGGCAGGCUUGGCAACUUGGUAACCAUCUGUUAUAGUGAGUGCAGCACUGACACAUAACUGACACAAAGAAGAAAUAGAUGGCACACGCAUUUUCUUACUGUUGAAGCUUUGUUGUCAGCAUAGCAUUUGGAUUAAAUUUAAAGUGCCUUGGAAGUAAGUUUAAGAAGUUUAACCUGAGCUCGCUGAAUCAAUUCAGAUAAUUUUUCUGAACAGUUUGUCCUAAAGUGAGUCAAUUGUAAGAUCGUUUGGAAGUUUUUUCAUCUUAUCAGAAGUUUAGGCUGAGUUUGCUGCAGUUUUUUUUUUUUUUUUUUGAGAACUUGUCCAAAAGGAAUUUGUCUCGAAGUGAGUCAAUUCUGAGCCUGUGGCUGGACUUGUUCUGACUAUGGGCUUAAAAGAGACAACUUACUAUUGAGCUUAACAUGUGAAGCUUUGAUAAUUAGCCAUGUUUGCACUAUCUUCUUAUUCCUUACCCUCUUUUCUGAAUAGGCCUCAAGCCUCAUUUAUAUAUAUUAUCUCCUUUCCCUCUGAGUUGACUCCAAGUACUUUGUAAGCACCUGCAUUCUACAUAAAAACACAAAUAAUAGAAAAAGCAUUGUAGAGGCCAUGCAUACAUUUUAUUACUUGACUGCGUUACAGCUGUAAUGGCUGCCAGUUUAGUGCUCAUCAUAGCAUCCUUGAUGCCAUGCUGCUGUUGAUUGCUCUAUAUCGACAUUUUGGCAACCAAAAACAACUCAGAAAAAAAAAUUUUAAUACUUAAUCAGUGUAUAUAUUGAGAGAUGUAUCAUUAUUCGUAAUCACUGAUUGCAUGCGCUCAGUUACGAAAGCUUAGCCAAAAUUUUAAUCUCUACUCCUUUAGGGGUCAUUGAACUUUCAUGUUGCAGCCAGAGAUCUUUCUGUUACUUUCUACAUUUUUACAUUAUUUCAUUCUGCAUUAUUACAUCACUACAAUAUAAUUUUGUGUUGCACUUUUUCUCUUAUAUGUAGCACUGCUGCAUGCAUGACUGCAGCUUUUUCUGCGUUGCGGAAGAUCUUGCUAGCGCAGUUUGAUUUUUCAUUUCAUCAAGCCUUUACAUGUUCACUGGAUUUCAGUGUGGCUGAAAGCGUGUGACUUGAAUGGUUGUGUACCCGUGUGCUGUAAAGAAACUACAAGAAAACAUUUAAGAACAAAGGGCAGCUUUGAAUUAUGAGCCGAGUAAAAUAUAAGGUUUGCUGAGAAGUUUGCAAAGCCUGGAUAUGGCAAUUGACAAAAUUAAUAAGGCAUUGGCACUGUGCUCAGCCAUAAUCGUAGGCAUAUCAUAGGCAUUUCAUUACUGGAGAAAUUAUAGCGUGCAUGAUACAUUAUCUCACUUGUCUCCCUGAGGGACAACAGAGAUGUGUUCUUUUAAAACUUUUCAUUUUGUUACAUAGAAUCGCUGGCACUACUUUCGGUUAUUGCUAGUGAGUAUAAUGAAACCACUACUUAGAAGAUGUUUGAAUAUGUGGGCGUUGUGUGUUGGCAGAGAUGUGUGAUGCAUAUUUAUGCAUGUGUUGCCUUUAAUGUGCCUUUCAACACAUUCUCCUUCAAUCCUGUCAAAAUUCAAAAUGCCCACAAAGGAACAUUUACCCCCCGAAUACCAAGCAUGUGAUCGUGAAAUACUUUGCGACUAGCAAAUGGACUUCAUUAUAAACAUGCUUUCUUGAUCAAGCUUUACAUAAGUGCAGGUCUCAAAUUUUUAGCCCUUCUUUCACGCGAAGUCUUGGUAUAAUUGAAUUGUCAAUUAUGUGUUAACACUGUGUUAACACAAUAAUUGGAUCAACUUGUGCAUUUGCAACAUGCAACUGAGUGUCGAGUCUACCUCUACAAAAGAUGAUGUGCACAUUUUAGGAAAUAAGUUAUACUACUUGGCAAAAUUGGUGCUAAGUCAGACAGGCCACAUAGCAUGGACAAAUUGUGCCUUAGAGAAAAAGUUUCGCAGUCAUUGUCUGGCAUGUUUCAGAGAUUAAGUACUACCACAAGACGUCCAUAGUGUUGUUGUUGUUGUUUUUUUUUUUUUCUUGGCCUAAAAUGUGUGAGGGGACAGAUUUUCUGUAAGUUCCCAUAAUCUUGUAGGUAGGUACUUUCCAAAAUGUGUAAGUAAAUUCUGUGCACAAAUUGUGGAAUGUUUGCUGCUAUUGACAGGCUUUUCUUAUUUGUUGUGGACACAUUGUAUUAAUUUGUUUUGUGAACAUUAUAUGCUCACACUUAAUACAACAGAUGUGAUGAUAUGAUAAAGGGAAGAAUGAUCUCUAAGCCAACUGCCUUUUGUCAAAAAAAGAAAUUUCUAGGUAAACCAGAAGUAGCUAAUGAAGCAUUUGAAGAUUGUUCAUUUCAACAACUCAGAUGUGCACAAAUAGAGUGUUUAAAGCUAUGUUUAUAUAUCACAUGUACAUCGUGGGAUUGUGGGAAUGUUUCCUGUGGCUGCUUGAAUUGGGAGCUACAAAAUCCAUUGAGCUGCUAUUUUGCUCUUGCUUUUGUUAUUUACAUGACUCAUGUUCUUGUUGUUGGUUUUUUUUUCUUUAGCACUUUAAGCACGCCUUUUUAUUAUUACUCACGCACAAGCGGCACAUUAUUUGUUUUAUGUGUAUGUCAUUAUCCCAGUCACCCACAAAAUGCACGUUUCAUAGUUGCAUGUGUUUGCACAUUGUAAUUGCUUUGUGUACGUUUGUUUUGAGGUUCUGUGUGUGUAAUAGCAGAGCAGGCACCUUUCUUAAGCAUUACCUAUUAUCUUGGCAGCCAUGACAUCAUUUGUACAAUUUAUAACUGGCAGUUGGCUGUUGCAUUGACAGCAAAGUUCAAUUGCCUUUUGCCUAGCUUUUGACAAUAGAUUGACAUCCUAGCUAAGCAAAGCUGGUUCUGCUAAGGCAUGGUAAAACAGUUAUAGGUAACCUAUAAAAAGUUUGUUUAUAAGAUAAGGUUGUUGCACUGCCAUAUUAAGAAUGGAAUACAGUCAAUGUUUGAUUUUUCGGACUCUCUAGGGGCCUCGAUAACGUCUGAAAAAAAUGAAUGCAUGCUUUUUACUGCUCCCAAGAGCUCAAAUCGCCACAGGCGUGUCCGAAAUAGCUCUGAAGGCCUGCCAGUACACUUAUUAGGUGUAUCAGUGCUUGUACAGGGACAGGAGACAGCGGGUGCAUGCGUGUGUAGUUAAAGAAUGCAUACUGUGUCCCGUCACAGUGGCCCUUUUCCAUUUAUGGUAUGCUUCACCGCAAUACAUUGUGUAUGCUUUACCGCAUAACACCGCUGCAUUGCGAUGAAGCCGACUUAUUGGGAACCACCAUUUUGCAAUGUUUGACCCUUGCUGUGCUUUCCGCGCUUCGAAGCCAUCGGCAAGGUUGACCAAAGGCAGCGUCUGCAUCAUUGUUGAAGUGCCUAACUUUUCAAUGAGAAGCACGGCACCAACCAUCAGGAAGCUUUGUAGCGAACUUCAAAGCAGCUAGGCCUAGCAUUCUCACGGUGGCUAUGGCUGCCAGUGGAUCAGAAUGCAAGAGUGUUGGUUCGAAGCUGCAGGGUAAUCAAAAUGGCGGUGCUGGUGGGUUUUCUUAAUUGCCGUUUUAUACCUGCAGUCACGGCAAAAAGUCUGGAUAAUCGGACGUCGAACGGUUUGAGCAUCUGAAAUUUUAGACGUCUAUAAUUUGCUUUAUGGGGUACAUGGCGGUGCCGCAAAAGCGUCUCAAUUAUCAGGCAUGUGCGAAAAUUCUGGCUUCCAAAAAAUCAGUCAUUGACUGUAAUAGCAUUUCUUUUUGUUUGGUGCCUAUUGCCUGCAUAAGCUUUUAGAGACAGUUCAUUUGGAACGCACUUUUUAUUGCAACUCUCUCGAAUUUUUGAUGCCAUGUAUGCUUUGUACUUGGCACUGUAUAAAUUGUUAAAAAUGUGUGGCAUUGAGGACUUUUGCAACAUUCUUUUGCUGUCACUCAAAAUCAUGUGUUUUCAGGAAGUGCCUGCAAAGUUUAGAAAUUUGCAGACGUUUUAAAUGGUAGCAUUUCGGAGCAGAUAUCUAGUCCUAACGAAGUACCAUGUUUACUCUUUUAGCAAGCGAGAGCUUUUUAACAUAAUCAACAAAGUUGUAACUUAUGUUUCAAUGUGUGCAAGGAAUGUGAUCCUUCUUUGUGUAUAUUGAACAAUCCUUAGCUCAUGCUUAUGCGUUUUGAAAUGUGAUGCUCUUUUUGGGCUGAAGUUACCUGCAUUAAUUCGAACUCCAAUAGACCAUGGAUCUUUUUUAAUUAUUAGAAGUUUAAAUUGGUAAAAGUUCAGCAAAACAUGUUCCAAAACAUAAUUAUGGCUCCUCUCUGAAACGGAUAUGCCACCCAGGCACGGGAAUUGGGAAAGUUAGAGGUAGUCAAAAUCAUUGUCUGGGUUGUUUGAAUAAGGCAGAUUCCAAUUGCAGUUAAGCAUGUCGGGCCUGCGAAAUUUUUUUAGAUAUACUUAAAAUGCAUGCAGUUUGGAUGAUCUAAGUUUGAAUUAUAUGUCCAUUGCAACUUCUCAGAAAAUAUGUCAUUUUGGAUCACUAUUGGUACACAUAUGCAUUAUCAAGUGCUAGUGGCACCCAUUUGUUGAUAAAUCUGGAUGUUCAGUUGCAUCGCUUGCUUUGGUGCCAUGGCUAGCUGCCUCUGCUCACCCAGUUCUUUUCUUUUUUUUAUAUAUAUAUAUUUAUACACUAUUAAGAAACCUGUUGAGAUUGUUUGCAUUGUUAGUACUGCUUGUUAUUGAGAAUAUCCAUAACAUUAACUGGAAUGCUAUGCAAUCAUUUGAGAGUUGUGUGCUGCGUCAAACGCUGAUGGUACAAAGCUUGAAAUGUCUAUUGAACAAUCGGCAAAACAGUGACAAUGCUAGUUUGAUUAGUCACACGGAAAAAAAGGGUAAUGACCUAAACUGUUGUGCCAGUCAACGUUUGAAUAGAGAAUGUGAGCAUGUGAUGCUGAACUUUCUCUUGUAAUUUGUACAUAAUUUAUUUUUUAUUGCUAUGUCUGUAUACAACUGCAAAUAAACAGCCCAAGUGAGAUAGUUGCAACAGUCCAUAAAGUAAGGCACAGUAAUACUUUGACAGAACAUUAUAAAUUAUCUUUUACAUACACGCAUAACUUUAAUGGUACUGCUGGUUGAUAGUGUUUACCGGCAUCUGCUUAAAAAAACGGAAUUGAUUUGCAUAAUGCUACAUUUUUGUUUUAUGCUAUUUUGAUGCAAGCUCUACAAAAGGAUUUCACCUCUUGUUUCAAUAAGCUAAGGAAAUCUGAACAUCUUUUGUGUUUACUGUGUUUGCACAUGUUUUUUAAAUGGAUACUUAAUAAAAAAAAAUUGUGCUGCCAAGAUUUUUAACCCAAAUUAAAGCUGAAGCACUAAAAAUGGUAAGCACAGCACUGUUUUGGAAAGAAGUUGAUGGAACGUAA